UGAACCUCAAGCCUACAACUCACCUCCUCACACCAUUUCCAGAGAACACCUCAAAAGAAACAAGCAGAAUGCCGUCAGAAAUGGGAGAAGUACGCCGGCGGCCGGCGGAGGGACCAGCGGAGGAGGCGGCGGCCGAACGAGGGAGGGAGCGGUGCCCCCGGUGCGACUCCCGGGACACCAAGUUCUGCUAUUACAACAACUAUAACACCUCCCAGCCCCGCCACUUCUGCCGCUCCUGCCGCCGGUACUGGACACUCGGUGGCUCCCUGCGCAACGUCCCCAUCGGCGGUUCCUCCCGCAAGCGCCUCCGCCCCUCCCCCUCGGCCGCCACCUCCGCCGUCGCCAGCUCCCUCCGUCCCCUCCCCACCCUGGCCCCACCAGCCCCCUCGCUGGACCUCCCUGCCUCCACCUCGCCCCCCUCCGCCUUCGGCUCGCUCCUCUCCGGCCCGGUCUCCGCCGGGUUCUUGGCGCUCGGCGAGCCGUUUUUCGAUGGCCGGACCGGGUUCGAGCUCGGACUCGGUCUCGGAAUCGGGUCCGGGCCGGCGGCGUCGCCAUCCAUCGAGGAGCUGGGUUUCGGGCUGGGGACCACGCUGCUGUGGCCCACAGUGCUGCUGGACGAGGAGGGGGUCGUCGGUGCCGGGGACACGUGGCGGUUGGGGAGCGGUGGAAUGGACUGCUUCGCUGCUCCGGCGCCGGCUGCGGUGUGGCCGGAUCUCGCCAUUGCCUCGGCGCCCGCCGAGGGGAGCGGUGUUGCUGGUGGUGAGCUGCGGUAGAGUGGUAUCAUAGUAAAUUUUCGGGUAUUGGGGGGUCUUUCCAGUUUUGCUGUGUUUGCUUUUGGAUGAUGGCCCACGUUUGUGUCUCCUCGGUGCCUCAGGUGUACUGCAACGCAGAAGCCCGCUUCCUCUCUGUUCUUUUUCGUAAUCAUAUUCUUAUAAGUUAGCCUUUUUCCUGGAAAGUGAAAAAUAAUAAUGUUUUAGCCAUAGAGGGUGAAUGAUUUGGUUCAUAGUAGGAAACCUGAUGACUGAAGAAAGUGGGAGCUGAAUCUAUCAUGGCGAGUUCAUGUCAAGAUCCUCAUCUUGGCUUUUACUUUUCACUGAACUACGCCAUGCGCUAGAGAAACGACAAAGCCAAAGCACCGAAUGUAACCAAUGCACUCUUCAUGUUUGCGUCGUUUGUUUUCUUGCAUGCAGCCUAUUCAGUUUUUCUUAUAUCCAACCAUUGAUUCUUAAAAUGGUUCUCCUGUAUCGAUCUUAUAUCUUGAAUCAUAUGGAACAGGAGAUAAAUA